AAGAACGCCACACCAGACUUGCCAUUCUAAUAUACCAAAACAUUCACAUAACACAUAAAAGUAUCUCAUACUCACCUGACUUGAUUGAAACAGCACAGAUGGCGAACAUAGGGCGUUAUAUAGAAAGAAAUCCUGGAAUGCGGGCUGCAGGAUCAUCAUCGACCGUGGAGUUCAAUGGUGCCAAGGAUUGUCUGUUCAUUGUGAGCUCGGAGGAGGAGGCGGAGAAUCGCAUAAUGGCUCUAUGUCGGAAGAGCCGCCCCAAGCCAGCCAAACGAACACCGAAGCUGCCCACCAAUCAAAUGGGCGACAUACUCAACAAUCAGAACCAAGGACUUUUCGCCGAGUUUCAGAAUAAAUUUCGCGAGAAUAUGUUUGUCAAAAAGCCCGCUUUGGGUCGGCCCAAGGAAGCCAACUCCAAGCCGAGCUAUGUGACCAAUUUGAGCCAUACUUUUGGUAAAAUCUCCGAUGCGAAUUCCAUAGAUUCCCUGUACUCCAUUGUUCUGCCACCAAAGCCUGCCGAGCAGGUCAAUCGGGAGUAUGCCGAGUUCCAUGAUAAACACAUCAUCAGCCACAAUCACUACUUUCCCGCUGAGCAGAUUAAUAGACGUUAUGCACAGCCCUUUAGUCGAUAUAAUACCUUUGGCUUGCCAGCUUCCGUUGAUCCUUCGGGCAUCAAGGUGAAACGCUGCUUGGAGGAGGGUGAGGAGCACUUGAAAAUAGUCAAGAAACCUCAAAAGGACAUCGACGAUCGCACCAAAGGACCUUUAGGCAAAAAGUAUUCAUGGUACCCCUAUCAGAUACCGGAGAAUAUGACCUUUGGUCGCGUGCUGCCCCGUGACACCGACGUGCGAUCUCUGCUGGAGUACACCUCGCCCUCGGUAAAGUCGGAGAACCUGGCCAGUGCCGUAAGUCACCUGAACAUGCUGCGCAAGUUGCUCCAGGAGCGCGACGACUUCAAUAUGAACCAGGUGAUCGUAGCGCUGGGCAAAAAGGACAAGGAGGGGCAUCGUCAACUUCCGCUGGACGAGAUUAUCAAGGUGUUGCACAAGCUAAGUAUUCCCGCAGAUGCGGAGAAGAUACGCAACGCUGUGUCCCACUUCCGGUUGUUCGUGGACGAGGGUUGCUGCUCGGAGAAGGUCAAAUACGAGGAACUAUGCGAUCUCCUUUCCAUUCUGAAGUCCCUGCCCCUGAUUGGAUCCAUUACACCCAUGCCGAAGGUGAUCUACACCCAGGAUACCGCCUAUCGCCAGUUGUGUGCUGACUUGAUGAAAAAACCGCCAGAGGGUCCGCACUUCAAGCAACCGCACAAGACGCCCAUUCAACAGGACAUGGAUGACACGCGUGUGGGUGACGUCAUAAAUCCCGAGAUUUCUACCUUAUGUGAUUUCAAGGCAUUGCGCAGUAAGGAUGAACUGGAACGCAUAUUCAAGGACCUCCUCACUCACGAAGGCUUUCAAACCAUCUGGCUGAGUCUAAUGGAUGAGCAGAAGGAUCAAAGUGAAAUGGCAUCCGUGGCACAGUUUCGUGCCCAGAUGAAGAAGGCCACUCAAUGAUGAUUCCUUUUACUUUUAUUUGUAUUUUUAAAUGUGAUUUCUUCAUAUACGUACGUUUUCCACAGUCAAUAAUAAAUGCAAAAUAUUCAUUUGUA